AUGGAAGCAGCGGGGAACUGCAUAGGAGACUUGCAGAACCGCUACAGCCUUGUCCUGGGAAGGCCGUUGGCAAAGAACGAGCCUCGCUACCGCAAGCUGGCAGCCUUUUCAGAUAGAAGUUGUGGCCAAACAGCCCGUGAGAGGGUAUCAGAUUUCGUCCGUUCAAAAAGUCGAACGGGCAGCUGGGACCUGUGUGGUUGGGUGGGACUAGGAAAGGUGCCUUCUUUUGACCACCUCCAGCUCCAAAAGAAAACCGGAGUUGCAACGCCCAGCCUCAUAUUCGGUCGUGGAAAGCCCAACCUCACAUUCGGUCGUGGAAAGGCAAACAUUUGCCAGAUAUAUUGCCGAUGCUUUGCCAAAGAUCAGCAUUUGCGGCUAAUUUUUUUGACCCGAUUUCCACUCAAAGCCUAA